UCCGGGUGAGGCUGAAAGCGUGCUCUAUACGUCGAGAGGGAAAACUAAUAUAUAUAUAUCUAUAUAUAAAAUAGCGUAUUCCGUUAUAACUAAAUGUCGCAGAAAUGGAAGUUAAACCAGCGUCACAUAAACGUUUCAUCUGCUCGUUUACGGGCUGCUCGGCUGCGUACAACAAACAGUGGAAGCUAGAUGCUCACCUGUGUAAACACACCGGAGUGAAGCCGCACACAUGUGAGCACGACGGCUGCGGCAAGUCCUUCUGCAGCCUCUAUCACCUGACCCGACACCAGCUCACACACACCGGGCUGCAGCCUUUUCGGUGCACCGUGGACGGCUGCACUCAGGCCUUCACCACCAACUCCAACCGGGCCAGACACAUCAGCCGAGUCCACACCAAUGAGCAAGAGCACAGGAAGUAUGUGUGUAAAGUUGACGGCUGUGGGCUUGAGUUUAAGAAGAACAAGCAGCUGAAGUCUCAUAUGUGUGAGCAGCAUACUCAGCUGCCCUCUUACCAAUGCACUUAUGAGGGUUGCCAGAUGCGGUUCACCUUCCCCAGCAAGCUGAAGCGACAUGAGAAGGUGCACAGAGGUUAUCCGUGCAAGGAGGAGGGUUGCACAUUCACCGCCAAGACGUGGACGGAUAAUGUGAAGCACAGGAAGGAGCAGCACAGACCCAGCCUGAGGUGCGAGCAGUGCAGCAAGGUGUUCAGAGACUCCUGGUUCCUGCAGCAGCAUCAGCACGUCCACUGCGAGGAGCGUGUGGUCCUCAUUUGCCCCAGGGAAGACUGCAAGAGGUCUUUCACCACCUUGUUCAACCUGCAGAGCCACAUCAAGUCCUUCCACGAGGAGCUGCGGCCCUUCGCCUGCACCCACCAAGGCUGCGGGAAGACCUUCUCUAUGAAGCAGAGCCUCCAGCGCCACACAGUCGUCCACGACCCCGAGCGGAAGAAGCUGAAGACGCCACGACCCAAAAGAUCUCUCGCUUCCAGGUUGAGCGGCUACAGCCAAUCGAAGAGGGCGACCUGCAAAAAGAGUCAGUCCCUCGGAGGGUCCGGGCAGAAGAAGACGAAUCCACCUGGUCCUGUUGAGCUGGUCUCUCUCCUGCAGGACACGUCCUUACUGUGCAGUCCUGCUGUGGACACACAGGGACUCACUAAUGCACUGACUACGCCACUAUCAGUAUAGAGUCUAAUGAAGGAAUGUAUACUAGCAUGAACGUUGUGAUCACAGUAUUGUACCAGAUGUUGGUGUUAUCUGAAAUCCGUCCAACAUUAUGAGUCACCAGCCAAAAAAAUAUGACUCACGAUGAAACGUAACAGACUAAAGUGAUUUUUUAUUGAAGUGUUUCUUGUUCGUGGAUUCAGGAUGAAGCCAGCAUAGUAAUGAGCGUCUGGCUCAGUUCCUCUUGUGGCAGCGUUUGUCUUUGUGUUUAAAUUCUUUUCUAGACUCUUCUUUCUUUCAGUUUUGUGUCAAGUGCGUCAAUUUCUGGAGCAUUUAGUCUGCUCUAUCUGUUGCUAUUUAUAUAAGAAUGUAUAUAUUUUUCCAUAUUGUAUUAAAUAAGAGAAGUUAAAAAGUAUAAAAAGAGAAAAAUGAUAUUUUUCCUUUGUUAUGCAAAAACU